AUGGCCGAGGAAAAAUCUCCGCUCAACCAUCCUCCUCACCCACUUUCGGCGCCAGGUUUCCCCGCUUCGCCCAACCUACCCGCCGCAUUUCCCGCGUCAUCCGAUCUUCCCGCGUUCCCCGCUGGAUCCAGCCUAUCUUACGGUCGCAGCGACUCUCCUCUCCCCGCGUGCCUCGCGCCGCGAUUCACGCAGACCAAAUCUCGCGACGACGUUGCCGCUGAUUGCACCAUGCCUCACGCGUUCAAGCAGUCGCUCGACGACCUCUGCUGCCUGAAUCUAAUUGGCUCCCGGAACGCCACGCUCGAGGCGCCUCGGAGCACCAACCGAGCCGCGCAAAGUCAAAUCUUUGACGACUUUUCCUGCUUAGGGUUAGGGCUCGAGGACGAAUCCGACGGCCUGUUCCGAUCUGCGCCGCAAAGCCGCGCAAUUUCCCCCCCGCCCGCCUUUCUCCCUCCGCUAGCCGUUUCCCCGCCGCUGGGCCCAGAGCGCGCGGCUCCAGAAAGCGCGCCCGGCGCGCAAGUCUCCGCGUUCAGCGCCGCGCUUGCCGCCGCUACAAGCGCCACCGCCAAAAGCUCGUCCGCAGCCUUCGCGGCAGAUCAACCCCCCCAACUCCCGCGCUCCCCCUUCUCGCCUUCCCCCGCCAAUGCCCCCGCCGUUCCGCUCCCCCCUUCCCUCUCCGCCUCUGCCCGCCCGUCGCACCCGCUUUCCCGCGACUCCGGGCGCGCGUUUGAGAGGCGGCACAUUCUGGGGGUGAGGGAGGAGCCUAGGCUUAGGGAGCAGGACUUCGGAAACUUCCAAGUCCAGGAGCGCAUGCGGCAGAUCAAGGACAUGAGGCAGCGGUUUGGGCGUUUCUUCUACCGAUUCCCUGAGGGGGAGUCGUCUGCUGAUCUUGUGGGGGGACAUAGACUGGUGCCGAUUGCACCCUCCUCCUCCCCCUCCUUGUGCCAAAUGCGUGAAUUCACACACAUGGAGGUGUGGGGCUGGCAGUUCAAGUCACAUCUUGGCGCUCAACAUAGUGAUGGUGACGCACGGGCUGACCACACGUGUGUUCCUCAUGCGCUGGUUGCGCUGCUGGACGCAUUGCCCCUCCCUCCCCCCUCCUACUCCUCAUGCGCUGGUUGCGCUGGUGAGCUGGACGCAUUGCCCCUCCCUCCCCCCUCCUACUCCUCAUGCGCUGGUUGCGCUGGUGAGCUGGACGCAUUGCCCCUCCCUCCCCCCUCCUACUCCUCAUGCGCUGGUUGCGCUGGUGAGCUGGACGCAUUGCCCCUCCCUCCCCCCUCCUACUCCUCAUGCGCUGGUUGCGCUGGUGAGCUGGACGCAUUGCCCCUCCCUCCCCCCUCCUACUCCUCAUGCGCUGGUUGCGCUGGUGAGCUGGACGCAUUGCCCCUCCCUCCCCCCUCCUACUCCUCAUGCGCUGGUUGCGCUGGUGAGCUGGACGCAUUGCCCCUCCCUCCCCCCUCCUACUCCUCAUGCGCUGGUUGCGCUGGUGAGCUGGACGCAUUGCCCCUCCCUCCCCCCUCCUACUCCUCAUGCGCUGGUUGCGCUGGUGAGCUGGACGCAUUGCCCCUCCCUCCCCCCUCCUACUCCUCAUGCGCUGGUUGCGCUGGUGAGCUGGACGCAUUGCCCCUCCCUCCCCCCUCCUACUCCUCAUGCGCUGGUUGCGCUGGUGAGCUGGACGCAUUGCCCCUCCCUCCCCCCUCCUACUCCUCAUGCGCUGGUUGCGCUGGUGAGCUGGACGCAUUGCCCCUCCCUCCCCCCUCCUACUCCUCAUGCGCUGGUUGCGCUGGUGAGCUGGACGCAUUGCCCCUCCCUCCCCCCUCCUACUCCUCAUGCGCUGGUUGCGCUGGUGAGCUGGACGCAUUGCCCCUCCCUCCCCCCUCCUACUCCUCAUGCGCUGGUUGCGCUGGUGAGCUGGACGCAUUGCCCCUCCCUCCCCCCUCCUACUCCUCAUGCGCUGGUUGCGCUGGUGAGCUGGACGCAUUGCCCCUCCCUCCCCCCUCCUACUCCUCAUGCGCUGGUUGCGCUGGUGAGCUGGACGCAUUGCCCCUCCCUCCCCCCUCCUACUCCUCAUGCGCUGGUUGCGCUGGUGAGCUGGACGCAUUGCCCCUCCCUCCCCCCUCCUACUCCUCAUGCGCUGGUUGCGCUGGUGAGCUGGACGCAUUGCCCCUCCCUCCCCCCUCCUACUCCUCAUGCGCUGGUUGCGCUGGUGAGCUGGACGCAUUGCCACUCCCUCCCCCCUCCUACUCCUCAUGCGCUGGUUGCGCUGGUGAGCUGGACGCAUUGCCACUCCCUCCCCCCUCCUACUCCUCAUGCGCUGGUUGCGCUGGUGAGCUGGACGCAUUGAACCGGGGCAACUGCGAGAUACGAGUGAUGGAGAUGAGGCAGGGAGGGAAGUACAGCCUGGCUGUGAGUACGAGUACAGCCUGGCUGUGA